UUUUGGCACACACGCUCAACCGGUCGACACGGUUAGUGUAAUGUGAACAGCGAAUCAAGUUAGUCUCGGUUGUUGCUAGUCCGGCACGAAGCAGUGAAUAACUUACACAUCAUCUAGAAGAGUAAACACAAUUGAGACAAAUAAAUACCGCACCCAGUCAUAAGCGCCGUGAAGAUAACGAAAAAUAGAAAAAAAAAAAUGAGUUUAGAUAGUUUAGUCGUUGAUACCAAAUACGGGCCAGUGAAAGGAACCAAGAAAGUCUCUUUACUCGGCCAGGAAUAUGUGAGUUUCCAAGGAAUUCCAUAUGCCCGACCACCCAUCGGGGAGCUUAGAUUCAAGGAUCCAGUGCCACCAAUCAAAUGGACAGAAACGUUGGAUUGCACUAAACAGAGUUUACCCUGUUAUCACUUCGAUCGGCGCGUUAAGGAAAUUGUUGGCAGUGAGGACAGUCUAAAAGUCAAUGUAUUCACCAAAAGUAUCACCCAUGCCAAGCCUCUCCCGGUUAUGGUUUACAUCUAUGGUGGCGGUUUCACCGAGGGAACCAGUGGAACUGAGCUCUAUGGCCCUGACUUUCUCAUACAAAAAGAUAUCUUAUUAGUAACCUUGAAUUAUCGCGUCGGGGCUCUUGGCUUUCUUUGCUGUCAGUCAACGGAAGAUGAAGUACCAGGUAAUGCCGGUUUGAAGGAUCAGAAAUUGGCACUUCAAUGGGUGGUAGAUAACAUUGCCGCGUUUGGGGGUGAUCCACAAAACAUCACACUCUUUGGUCAUAGCGCCGGCGGUGCUUCAGUGCAGUACCACAUGAUUUCGUCAGGUUCUAAGAAACUGUUUCAACGGGCUAUCUUGAUGUCUGGAAGCACUUUUUGUGAGUGGUCUUUGUCACCACAAAGAAACUGGCCAGAAAAGCUGGCUAAAGCUUUGGGAUGGAACGAGCAAGGAGGUGAAUCUGAAGCGUUGAAGUAUUUGCGUACUGUCAAACCAGAAGAUAUAGUAAACCACCAAGAGAAGAUACUCGAUGCACAGGAUGUGCAAGAUGAAGUUUUCACUCCGUUUGGUCCUACCAUUGAGCCGUAUUCCACGAAGCAAUGUGUUAUUCCUAAGCAUCCAAUAGAAAUGGCUAAAGAAGCUUGGAGUAACAAUAUCGAUUUAAUGAUCGGGGGGACAUCGGAAGAAGGUCUGUUGGCUCUCCAGAAGAUAAUUCCACACCCCGAGUUCUUACAAAAUCCCCAAUUACUUCUUGCAAUGGUUCCCGCUGGUUUGAAAAUCACAAUGGAACAGAGAAUGGAGUUUGCCUCAAAAUUAAAGCAACAGUACUACCCAAACAGUGAUCCUUCGUAUGAAAACAAAGACGGAUACGUAGAUUUAAUGACCGACAAAGCAUUCUGGCAUGGUUUACAUCGUUCAAUUCUAGCCCGAGCCAGCAAAGCUCUAUCUACCCGGACAUUCGUCUAUCGUUUCUGUGUUGAUUCGAAAUUCUUCAACCACUACCGAAUCAAUAUGAUCGAAGAUCCGAAUCUGCGCGGGACUUCUCAUGCCGAUGAAAUAUCGUAUUUGUUUUCUAACUUUACUAAAGAUGUGCCCAACAAGGAUACCUUCGAGUACAGGGCACUGCAAACAAUGGUAGAUAUUUUCACAUCGUUUGCCAUUAAGAGCGAUCCCAACUGCGAUCGAACGAAAGAACUUCUCUGGGAACCGGUCAAACAAACCAAGCCAACUUAUAAGUGCCUUAAUAUCACGCAUGACGGUAUUGCUUUCAUAGAUUUUCCGGAUGCUACCAGGAUGGAUCUGUGGGAUUCUUUUUAUGUGAAUAAUGCUCUAUUCUGAUGUAGAUGUUAAAUUAUGGUUGGAAUAAAUCAUUUCAACAUUAACAGAGAUACACAGAUAAACAUUACAUUUUUAUGUUUCUUUUACAAUUAUUUUUGCAGAACAUUAAGUUUUUUUCCGAUAUCCUCUGUAUCGGUGUUCACCCGUUCUAAUCAGGCUUCCAGGAUCAAAAGGCUUCAAAAUAUUACAGGUUUGUGUUCAAAGAAGAAAUGUAAAUAAAACAAUUUAAAAAAUGUA